CCAACAGAAGAAACACGUGUUUUUAAAAGAUUCUGGGCAGCGUGACAACAAAUUAUUAAACAUGGGACGUCCUGGUUUUUCACCGGCUGGUCGAGGCUUCGGAGGAGGUCGAGGCUUCGGAGGAGGUGGCAGAGGAGGAGACCGAGGGGGUAGAGGAGGAGACCGAGGAGGUAGAGGAGGACGGGGAGGAUUUGGGGGAAGAGGAGGUCGAGGGGGAAGAGGAGGAUUUGGUGACCGUGGACGAGGUGGUAGAGGCGGAAGAGGAGGAGGAGGCCGAGGAGGUAGAGGUGGCCGUGGCGGAAUGAGAGGUGGCAAGACUGUAGUUGUGGAGCCUCACAGACAUCAAGGAGUUUUCAUUGCCCGUGGGAAGGAGGAUGCCUUGGUAACCCUGAACAUGGUGCCGGGGGAAGCAGUUUACGGAGAGAAGAGGAUUAGUACAGAGAUCGGCGAGACCAAGACAGAGUACAGAACCUGGAACCCCUUCAGAUCAAAGUUGGCUGCUGCCAUUUUGGGUGGUGUUGACCAGAUUCACAUGAAGCCUGGAAGUAAAGUUCUAUAUCUUGGAGCAGCCUCUGGGACAACAGUCAGUCAUGUGUCUGAUAUCGUAGGACCGGAAGGGUUGGUGUACGCUGUUGAAUUCUCCCACAGAAGUGGACGAGAUCUCAUUAACGUAGCAAAGAAAAGGACGAACAUUAUCCCCAUCAUAGAGGAUGCGAGACAUCCACACAAGUACAGAAUGCUUAUGGGAAUGGUAGACGUGAUAUUUGCGGAUGUUGCCCAGCCAGAUCAAGCAAGAAUUGUAGCUAUCAACGCACACAACUUUCUCAAGGACAAAGGACACAUUGUCAUAUCCAUCAAGGCAAAUUGUAUAGACUCUACAGCAGAACCAGAGGCAGUGUUCGCUGGCGAGGUCAAUAAACUAAAGGCAGAGAAGAUUAAACCAACAGAACAGCUGACAUUGGAGCCUUACGAGAGGGACCACGCAGUCGUAGUGGGCAUGUACAGACCUCCACCCAAGAAGUGAACAGAUAUUGGAAUGAAAGGAUUUUGUAAAUAGAGAACAGAAAGCAAUAAUAUGAAUGAAAUUGUGUGAGAGAGAAAUUGGAAGUGAUAUUGGUGAGAAUGAAAGGAUAAUGCAGGAGUAUUCCUACCAAGAAAAGGAUGGUGAAAGUACCAAGUCAUGUGUUCAUUUACAUAAACCUUCAUUUCACAAGUUGUUCGACUGUACAGCUCCUUUUUACUGGAGCUUCUGAAAUAGAUGACGUCCUUUGUUUACUGAACAAGACUUAAACAGUACAAAUCAGAAUUUAACAGAGCUGCUUCUACACCAUUAGACACGCGUUAAACUGUCCUCCAGGAGGUGUGAGUUUUACUUCAUAUCUCCAGUUUGACUAGUUAUCUGUGUGGUAUCUGUAUGUAAACAAGGAAUUUCUGUGAAAUAAAGUGAUGUAGUUAUAACUAUUUUAUCGGAGAGCUGGAUGCAUUACACUUGUUCACAUAAAGUAGAUAUGUGUCAUGUUGAAGUUUGGACUGAAUUAUUAUCAUAACCAAGGGGUUGUGACUUUUAGCAUUGCCAAGAGUCUUCAUUUUCAGAUCUAGAAAAAAUUGUUAAAUGCAGAAAUACGUUAGUAAAGUUGGCAGUGAUAUAUCAAAUUAUUAUUAAGCCUCAAUAAAUCCUUCAGAUCUG